GACCACAAAACUCGACCUCAGUCGAUCGGACUCCGUCAGUCAGUUAUUUCGCGCACCUAAGAAAAGUGAGGUGGAUAUCACCUGAGCAAGUUUAGUUCACCUGCCUUCUGGGAAGCAAAAUCCGUACACGAUUCGAAUCGAAAGAAACGCGCGCGCCCGCCCGUGUGUGCUUUCGUCAACUUUCGAAGAAAACUUCCAUAGUUGUUUAUUCUUUUGAAAACAGUGUCAUUUUCUAAACUUUUCUUAUCCGGGAAAGUUUUGCACACUACUCAAGUGAGAAGAACAGAGGAAAAACAUCGAUUGUGCUAGUGCCAGCUCGAGAAAAACUUGAACAGUUCAUCUUAUCUUGUGACUUUAUUCUUUGCACGGAAAAAUAAGGAUCAUCAAAUUUAUUCGGAGAAGUUUCGCCGCCCUGCUCAGGAUUUAAUUAAAUCGUCAAACCGAAAAAAUGAACACUUUGCUCAUCCUAUCCGCCGCCCUAGUGGCCGUGGUCAUGGCCCAGAAAGAUUACACCACCCCGGUGCCGAUUCUGAAGCAGAUCAACCGACACAACGAGGACGGAAGCUACAGCUACGGAUACGAGGCGGCCGAUGGGUCCUUCAAAAUCGAAACCAAAUACCCCACCGGCGAGGUCCAGGGAAAGUACGGUUACAUCGAUGAUGGCGGCAAGCUGCGGGAAAUCGAAUACGGUGCCAGCAAGCGAGGAUUCGAACCGGCAGGCACUGACAUCAACGUUCCCCCACCAACCCUGACCAACACCAACUACCCGGCUUUGGGCCCGAACGAGGAAGACGAUGGCCAGUACCGUGAAGAUCCCAGCAUCUACUACAAGGACUCGCGUUACAACUCCAAGCCAUCGAAUGCCCCAGCCUAUCAGCCACGUCCAGCUCCAGUCCAGUACAACCCGGCCCCACAACAGUACUUCCGUAACAGCGUGGCCCAAAACGAGGUCUACCAGCAGCCCCAGCACCGGUAUCAACCCCAGCCUCAGGCUCAGCCCCAGCCCCAGCCCCAGUACUAUCAGCCGGCGGCCCCUCAGCAGCGCAACGACUACUGGCAUCCGAACGCCAAGGUGGACAUCAACACCGGAUCGUACACGCUCAGCUACACUGGCUGAAUUCCUUAGGGGAUUUUUGGGAGCUGUUAAGGUUCUGGACUUCAUCUGUCCACCUUUUUCCCCUAAUAAAUUUCUUUUGUAUGUGUGUCCCUAAGUCAAGUCUGUACUGCCGUAAAUGCCAAGAAUUUUCGCGCUAAAUCCAACCUCCGAAUCCGAAGGGUUAUGCUCGCUAGCUCAACCUCGUGGGAUGUGUGAUCGAUGCUGCGAAAGUCAUUUCUAGUGUAUAUGUAGUUUUUUUUUGUCUUACAGGAGAAAUUAGGAAACCCUCACAUUGUCCCUGGGAGAUUUUUUUUUAUUUUCAGGGAUUAUUCACUGUAGAAAUAAAUAAAACUUUCCAUAAUUUAAAUAA